AAAUACCAAACGAGACAAACCUUCUUUCUUCUUCGUCUCUCUCUCUCUCUCUCAAAGAAACCUUCCUGAAAUUGUCUUUCGUCAAUUCUCUUCUUCUUCUUCUUCUUCUGGGUUUCCGAGAAUCUAACUGUAUAAUCUUAGAGCUUUUCGAUCUGUGAGAUAAUCUCAGAGCUUUUGUUCGUGUGCUAGUGGGAACAGAGGAAAGCAACAGAGUGUGAAAACGCUUACCUUGAAGGAACUGUUACUGUGUAUUGCUGAUUGAUUUUACAUGAUUGAGAAGAGCUUAGCGGAUGGUAUGGAUUUUUCACCUGUGAUUACGGUUCUAGAAGGAGAUUUCAAGAUGGACAAGGCUUCUGCAACAGAAACUGAUGCUUUAGAUGACUCUAGGCAAAUGAGUAAAGGAAAGCCUCCGAGGCACGUUUCUUCUAUGCAACAUAUCACAAGCUCUACUACUACUACUACUAGUAGGCUGCAGGUUGCAGUCAGUGCCCAGGAUCUGGACGUUUGUAGUUUGGUCAUGAAGUCGUCGCCUGAUGAGAAAACAGAGUUUCUGCCUGUAUACCGAUCAGGAAGCUGUGCUGAGCAAGGUGCAAAACAGUUUAUGGAAGAUGAGCACAUUUGCAUUGAUGAUCUUGUUCAGCAUCUUGGUGCCUCUUUUGAUUUCUCAUCUCUUGGAGCCUUCUAUGGGGUAUUUGAUGGCCAUGGAGGCACAGAUGCAGCACUGUUUGUUAGAAAGAACAUACUCAGAUACAUUGUAGAAGACUCCUACUUCCCACUAUGUGUUAAGAAGGCAAUCAAGAAUGCUUUCUUGAAAGCUGAUUACGAGUUUGCAGAUGAUUCUUCCCUUGACAUCUCUUCUGGGACCACUGCCCUUACAGCUUUUAUCUUUGGAAGGAGGUUGAUAAUUGCAAAUGCUGGUGAUUGCCGAGCAGUGCUUGGUAGAAGAGGCAGAGCAAUUGAGUUAUCCAAAGACCACAAACCAAACAGCAGCUCCGAGAAAGUAAGAAUAGAGAAGCUAGGUGGAGUUGUGUACGAUGGCUACCUCAACGGGCAACUAUCGGUUGCACGUGCCAUUGGAGACUGGCACAUGAAAGGCCCCAAAGGCUCUGCUUGUCCUUUAAGCCCAGAGCCAGAGUUUCAAGAGACAGACCUUAGCGAAGAAGAUGAGUUCUUGAUAAUGGGAUGUGACGGUCUGUGGGAUGUGAUGAGCAGUCAGUGCGCGGUGACAAUCGCGAGGAAAGAGCUGAUGAUUCAUAAUGACCCAGAGAGAUGCGCCAGAGAGCUGGUGAGGGAGGCUCUUAAAAGGAAUGCGUGUGAUAAUUUGACUGUGAUCGUUGUGUGCUUCUCUCCGGAUCCUCCGCAGAGGAUAGAGAUCCGGAUGCAGUCACGUGUGAGAAGGAGUAUAUCUGCGGAAGGGCUAAAUCUACUCAAAGGGGUGCUUGAUGGCUACCCUUGAUCAGCAUGUUCUUGUUGUUCUAUGUUGCUUUGUGAGAGGCUAUUGCCAUGUUGUAGAGUGUUUGUGUUCUGAGUAUGUUGUUGUUGUUGUUACCUAUAUUAGUAUUCAACAUUCAUUGAGAUUUUUGAUGGAUGUCAUGUAAUCACGCUUUUGUAAAUAACAUUUUUUUUACCUGUUC